AUGGGUGAUGUUCCUGCUGAUCGGUUAACUCCGGUUAGAGCCUUCUAUUGUAGCGGGGUAGAUUACGCGGGCCCGUACUAUGUAAAGGACAGGAUACGUAGUCGUACUCUAACGAAAACAUAUAUGUGCGUAUUUGUUUGUUUUUCGACUAAAGCCGUGCACUUGGAAUUGGCUGGUAACAUGACCAGCGAUGCAUUUCUGAAUUGUCUUCAAAGGUUUAUUGCUAGGCGAGGUAAAUGUGCCAAACUUUAUAGCGAUAACGGAUCGAAUUUUGUGGGCGCUCGAAAUGAGCUGAACGAGCUGAAGGAACUGCUAUCUAAUCAGACUCAUCACGACAGGGUGGCAGAUUUUCUGGCUGGGGAUAGUAUUCAGUGGCACAUGAUUCCCCCCCAUGGGCCUAAUUUCGGUGGACUUUGGGAGAGCGUAGUAGGAUGUGCAAAAUGUAAUUUAAAAAGAAUACUAGAUAAUUCACAUUUGACGUACGAAGAGCUGAACACCGUACUGAUCCAGGUUGAGGCGUGUCUCAAUUCAAGACCGCUGUCACCUUUAUCAGAUGAUCCUUAUGAUUUAAGUCCAUUAACUCCAGCUCAUUUUCUGAUUCGAAAACCAUUGAGUAAUCUCCCACAACGUAAUUUGGUUGAACUUAAAACUAAUAGAUUGGACCGGUGUCAGAGAAUGCAACAAAUUCUCCAACAUUUUUGGAAUCGAUGGCGGAUAGAAUAUUUACAUUUGUUACAACAACGCUAUAAAUGGCGUCGUGCAAUGGAUCCUAAUCUGGUGCCAGGUAGUAUGGUCCUUAUCCACGAAGAUAAUCUGCCACCUACUCGAUGGCGCCUAGGGCGAAUUAAAGAAUGUCACCCGGGUAAAGACGGUAUUGUAAGAGUUGUGACUAUACACACCGCGGCCGGCGAUUGA